UAUAAGGAAGGAUAUAUAAUUUAAAAAAAAAAGAUGACUACAACUUUAAAAUUUAAUGCUCAAAAUCCAAUGAACUAUUUUAUGUCUUGGUUGUGGAAAAUUUUUCUACUAAGUCAUGUCAUUCUUUUGAUGACUGCUUUAAUUAACAUACAAAUUCACUAUGUAACAGCUAAUGCCAUGGGCGGUAAUGUUGCCACGUCCGCCAAUUCUGCUAAUAAUGUUGAAACCGAAGAUCCUGAGUUUACAGACGUUAUCGAUAACAUAACAGUACCUGCUGGCAGAAAUAUUAAAUUGGCCUGUUCUGUUAAGAAUUUAGGAUCUUACAAAGUGGCGUGGAUGCAUUUCGAGCAGAGCGCCAUAUUGACGGUACACAAUCAUGUGAUAACUCGUAAUCCUCGUAUUAGUGUAACACAUGAUAAGCAUGAUAAACAUCGUACAUGGUUUUUGCACAUCAAUAAUGUCCAAGAGGAGGACCGUGGCCGGUAUAUGUGCCAAAUAAAUACUGUUACAGCGAAAACACAAUACGGUUUUGUCAAGGUGGUUGUUCCUCCAAAUAUUGACGAUGCUUUAACGUCAAGUGAUGUUAUUAUACGUGAAGGAGAUAAUGUCACUUUAAGAUGUAAAGCAAAAGGAAGCCCGGAACCUUCUAUCAAAUGGAAACGUGAUGAUGGCUUAAAAAUUGUUAUUAGUAAAACAAUGGAAGUAACAGAAGUUGAGGGUGACAUUCUAGAGUUGGAACGUAUUUCACGUUUACAUAUGGGCGCCUAUCUUUGUAUAGCAACAAACGGUGUGCCGCCUAGUGUAUCGAAAAGAAUUAAAGUCAGCGUGGACUUUUCCCCUAUGGUUUGGAUACCGCAUCAAUUGGUGGGUGUACCUAUGUUUUUCAAUGUCACCUUAGAAUGCUUUAUAGAAGCUAAUCCAACAUCUUUGAACUAUUGGACUAGAGAGAACGACCAUAUGAUAACAGAUUCGUACAAAUACAAAACGGAAACGAUAUCCGGUAAUCCCUCAUACAAGGCCACAAUGCGUCUCACAAUAACAAACGUACAAAAAAGUGAUUACGGCAGCUACAAGUGUGUCGCCAAAAAUCCUCGCGGAGAAAUGGAUGGAACCAUAAAACUUUACAUGUCAAGUCCACCUACAACGUUGCCUCCGCCCACUACAACAACCUUACAUACAACGGCAAUAACAUCGGCUUGGAACGAAAAUGAAAGAGCAAUUAAUGGCAUCGGGCCAACACAUUCAGUUAUUGUCAUUGAUAAAUUGGGAACCAAGUACCAGUCAAAUUUAAAUGAAAUUGAUAAAUCCGAACAAAAAUUGAUGGGCCAAUCUCCCAAAGGUUAUGAUUGGUCGAAGGACAAGCGUAUAUCAUCUUCUUCAUCGUCAACAUCGUAUUCUCUUCGAUUUUCAAUACAUGUAUUAACAAUCCAUUGUUGUUUAAGCUGGACUUGCAUAAGGUUAAUACUAAUACCGCCAUUGCAAACGUAAAACUUAGCAGAAUACUUGCACUGAAUUUCGAGCUUUUUAUAAUCAGAAAAAUAUAUACGUUAGAAUAUUUAAAGAGUUAAAACAAAAACAAAAAACAGCAAACAACAAAAGACAGGUAUAAUAAGCAUUCUUGGUAUACAUGCGUACACUUAACUAAAUAUAGAGAAGUAAGCAAAACAUAAAGUUUGAAAAAGUGCCAACAAUAUAACAUUACAGUUACAUAUAAAUAAAUUGUAAGAAAAACGGAAACUAGAAGGAAAAAACCGUAUAACAAAAGAUAUUUGUUUUAUAAACAUUAUAGCAAAUAAUAAAAAAAAUUGAAAAAAUAAAGUUGUAUUCGCCAUAUGGCGAAUCGUUGCUGCCCACCACCUAAAACCAACACGUCACAACAAAAGAUAUUUUUCAAGUGCGGGCAAGUCGAUCAGAAUUUUUUUACACUAACUUUUCAGAUUCAAUUUAGUUCGGUAAAGAACGACAACUUUUUUUACAAUUAGUAAAGAUUUCAUUUAAGUUAUUUGUUUUCUGUGAUUGUAGAGGACUCACUGAACUGAAAUUGUUCUAAUAAAUAAUUCAAAAAGUUUUAAACUAAUUUUUAGUAAGGAUUUUGAGGGAGUUUUUUGCCUUUAGUGGAAAUGGAUGUAGGUGAACCACGCCCAUUUUCAAACUACGGCGACAACAACAGGCGACAAAAAGAUGUUCGGAUACACAGAUCCAAGAUCGCUGCAAAUUCUUACACUUCUUACACCGUAAUCGAUGAGAUCGAUAAUGCGUUUAUCUAGCUGUCACAAAUGAUACCAUAAUCUUGUGCAACUCUUCCUUUCGUGGUGGGUAUUGAAUCAAAAUUGAUCAAAAAAAAUGUCGCUUUUGAAAAAUUAAGAUAUAUAUACAUAAAUUCCGCUUACAAAUGCACAUUAAUAGAUAUACGUAAAUGUAAUUGAAUUGUUUUUGUAAAUAGUUUCCACGAAAAGGUUUUUUUUUUAAUUUUUAAUGUUUAGCUAAAAGCAAAAACUUAUGACCCCACCAUAUUAUUUGUAAAACUAAGCGCAUCAGGGGAGUAAAGAAAAUAGUUUCCACUUAGUCUUUAAUGAUAUUUUGUUACAUAUGGCCUUUUAAAAAUAAUUAACAUUUUAUACAGGUAUAUGUAUGUGAACGUUAACAAGAAAACAUGUCCUAUAAGUCUACGCCGUUGAAUAGGUCUAGUUAUGCAAAAGAUCGAUCGUUGGCAUCAUAACAUUCCCUCUUCUGCUUCAUGUUCGGAUUGUACUUCUUUUUCUCUCCAUAAAAAAUACUUUAAAUUUAUAAAAUUUAUUUAUUUUUUGGAGCAAAUAAAAGGCAGUGUUCCCCAAAUAUAUCAGAUCUAUUUUCCUGAAUUUUAAUAUGUAACAUUUAAAGAAAUUGAAUAAGACAUUUCCCUAUUGUUUAUGUCUAGAUUUAAAAGUAUUUGAUUAGAAACAUUCUUUUCACAUUCCAAAAAAUUGGUACAACUUUUCGUUUUAUGGCAAUUGGAAUGUGGUUAUAAUACUUCCAGGGUUUUUUUUUUAUAAUUGCGCUCGCGCGAGUUAAUACAAAAAUUAACAGUGGUGAGAGAGAGAGAGAAAAAAAAAGAGAGAUAUUACUGCUUGGGAAUACCACAUUCGCCCCAAACCUAAUUGGUCUAAGCACAAUCGCUCAGAAAGCGGUAAUAAUGUGUCUCUGCCAAGCGAUGAUAAAGCCAGCUUCUUAUCUUCUUAUGCUCUUUUCGUAUUCUGACGGAAAAAAUACCAUAGUUAUACUGUACUCUUCAGCAGUUCGCUGAUCGUUUUUUUUUGUAAUAAAUGAGUACAUAAAGAGAAAAUUUAUAAAAAUUCAAGGAGAAUGUAAAAGAGAAGGAUGUAGAAAAUGGAAGACAACAUAAUUGCAACGUUUUCAUUCAAUUCUGUAAAAAAAAAACAAAGGUGGGCCACAAAAAGAAUUGUACUUUUUAUUUAUGUAAGGAAUAGGAAUUGUUAUAUUAAAAUAAUUUCUUUAAUAAGCUAUAUGCAAAAUGUUCCAUUUUCUAAUCCUACCUUCUUUUAACUAUUUCGCAUUUCAUAUUGUUAUCGUAAGUUAAAAAUCCUCUUUUAAAUCAAAACUGAUGAAAAAAGAUUUUGUCAUACUUGUCAAACUCAGUGCUUUCUUUUAUAACUGGUAAACGUCAGAACGUCAGAAUACGGCUGAAUACUUGAUGCUUUAGAAAAAGUUUUGAGAAAUCGACAAACCAUGGAAAAUGAUUUGUUUUCAAUGCAAAUCAAGAAGGUAUAGGGGUUUUGAAUUUUUUAGUGCACAACUUCUUCAUGUUUAAUACGUCCUUCGUGGUGGGUAUAUAAAUAUUAAUUAAAGUAAUAUUGAAAAACAAAAAAAAAACGUUUUGUUUAAUUUUGUAA